CAGCUUUCCUCUGUUCUGUUAUUCAGCUGAGAGCUAGUCGCGGUGUGCUAGAUCUCAGGUGUGGCUAAUUCCCUCUUCCUGUGUUUACUCAGCUCUGGUUUAUAAUUUUUGAAUCGUUGAAUGGUGAAAUAUUCAUAGAAGUUGGACACGAAUGAACUCGUUGUUACAGAAGGGUUUUAUUCAUUGACUGAAUAAGAUGACUACUGGUUGGAUGGGUAAUUCAUAAGGAUGCUUUACUGGUGAUCAUCCCAGGGAUUCACACCGGACAAAUGUACGAAAAGUGGAGCCAAGAAACAAGACCAUCACAUUUAAAUGACAUAAAGGCCCUUCCAAACCUCUAAGGUGAUGUGCAGAAGCACACAGUGAGUAAUGUGAUCAGAGGGCAAAGGAAAUGCAGACUUGCCAGCUAUAGCUUGUAUGUGAGCGUGAUGCCCAGGCGGGGGUUGACGCUCCAGGGCCGGUUCCGCUGGCUCUUUCUGGGCCUCUUCCUGCUGCUGGUGCUGUUGCUGUUCGCAUACUUGCUGGAGUGCACCCCUCCCGCAGAUGCCAGCCUAGCCCUGCCCGGCAUAGCAGGGGACACGUAUGGGAAGGAGUACUACCAGGGCCUGCUGCAGGAACAGGAGGAGCGCCACCUAAACCGUGCCGCCAGUCUCAAGCGGCAGAUCGCACAGCUCAAGCAGGAGCUGCAGGAGAUGGGUGAGAAGCUAAAGCUCCUGCAGGACAAGAAGGAGCCCCCUGGGGUCCAGGGCCUCGCAGAGACUAAAGACCAAGAGCCUGGAGACCUGCUGGAGUACCUGCACUCUCAGAUUGACAAGGCUGAGGUCAACACAGGGGCACGCCUCCCCAGCGAGUACGCCCUGGUGCCCUUUGAGAGUUUCACUUCAUCCAAGGUGUACCAGCUGGAGAUGGGGUUGACGCGGCACCCAGAGGAGAAACCUGUUCGCAAAGACCGCAGGGACGAGCUGGUGGAGGUGAUGGAGGCUGCGCUGGACAUCAUCAACAACCCCGACGAAGAGGAUGGAGUGGAGGAAGACAUGCCCAUGCAGAGACAGACCUACACAGAGGGUCACUUUACUGAAGGAAUGUACAGGACAGAGCGAGACAAAGGGACGCUUUACGAGCUGUUCUUCGCCAAAGAGGAGUCCAGCAGCUUCCGCCACGUCACGCUCUUCAGACCUUUUGGUCCCUUAAUGAAAGUCAGGAGCACCUCCGUGGAAACAUCAGGAAUGAUUAUCAACAUCAUCGUGCCGCUGGCAGGCAGAGUUGAUACUUUCUCACAGUUCUUGCACAAUUUCAGAGAGGUGUGCAUACAGCAGGACAGAAGAGUCCAUCUCACGGUGGUUUAUUUCGGGCCAGAAGGCCUGCCAGAGGUGAAGUCUUCUUUGGAGAAACUGUCAAGGGAAGAGAGCUUCUCCAAUUACACUCUGGUCCCAGUGGACGAGGAGUUUUCCCGAGGUCGGGGUCUGGAUAUCGGAGCCCACGCCUGGAAGAAAGGCGACGUCUUAAUGUUUUUUUGUGACGUUGACAUCCAUUUUACUCUCGAGUUCCUGAACACCUGUCGUCUCCAUGCUGCUCCAAAUAAGAAAGUGUUCUAUCCAGUAGUGUUCAGUCUGUACAAUCCAGCCAUCGUCUAUGGAAAUGUGGAGCUGGCUCCACCUGCUGAACUCCAACUGAUUCACAAAAAAGAUGCUGGGUUCUGGAGAGACUUUGGCUUUGGAAUGACGUGUCAGUAUCGUUCAGAUUUCCUGAAUAUUGGCGGGUUUGAUCUUGAAGUGAAAGGCUGGGGGGUGGAAGACGUCCACCUGUACAGGAAGUAUCUCAGGAGCGACCUCAUCGUGAUUCGCACUCCGGUGUCCGGGCUCUUCCACUUGUGGCACGAGAAGCAGUGUGCGGACGAGCUGACCCCAGAGCAGUACCGCAUGUGCAUCCAGUCCAAAGCCAUGAACGAGGCGUCGCACUCCCACCUCGGCAUGCUGGUGUUCCGUGACGAGAUCGAGGCUCACUUACGCAAGCAGGCCUACAAGACUCAGAGCAAAUCAGAGGACUAAAUCCUCGACACCCCAAUCACCUUUCCUUUGGCGUGGACAUUAUAAUCGCAGUACAGCAAAGACAUGUUUAAACGGAUCCUUCUCCAUUUCAUCGCACAGCUGGAGACAAAUGAAUGUACAAAUACAAGCAUCGAUCAAUGUGACAUCAAAACAUGGUACGACUCUUCAGCAUCAAACAUGGUUAACAAGCAGAUUUGUAAUAAUUAACCUGCUGAAGUACAAGUUACACUUUUUCAAAUGUAUUUUAUGUUUUUGACAGCAAUUCAAUAAGCAUGUCCUCUCUUCAAGCCAUUCUAGUUUCAAACGCAGCACCUGACUUCAACCAGUAUUACUGUUUCCACAAGGGCUUCAACAGUUAUUACUUUCAUGUUCGAUUGAUCUGCCGAUUGUUUUUUGUAGAUUAACCUGUUUGGUUCAGAAAAUGGUGAAACCUUCCCCCGUUUCUUAGAGCUUCAUAGUUGAGAGGUUGGAAAUACCAUAUUCCGUUUUGUUGGCAUUUCUUUUAAAUACUUGGCGAUUAUUUUUUGGACUGAAUUUUGCAGCUCUAACUUUGAUCUUUUCACCGCUAAAUGGACCUGUAGAUGUCAGCGGUCUUCCAGUUGAUUUAUUCAUUCCAAAAAAAUCCAACAAGAUCAAACACAGCAGCUGUUGACUCAUGUAGUGUUUUCUUUUUCAAAUCAGAGUGAACGCUGCUACAAAUCCAACUAUAGAACUAUUUAUUAGCUGUGGACAAAAGGAAAAAUAACAAGUUGCACUUUGUUAACUGACAUCACAAGAACCAGUACAGUUCUCCUGAGGAUAAAAGCAAUUUACAAUUUGCUUUCACAGCUUAGACAAAUGGAGCUGUUCUGUUAGCAUUAUAUUUAUAGGUUGUUUCAGCCUGGCGAUGUGGAUAAAAAAAAAGGGAACUUUUUGUGUGUUUUUAUGUGACAAUCAGUCACAAACUUCCCUUGCUGAUGAGGUUAACAGAAGCAUGUGGAUUAAAAUAGUUAAAGGAACAAAGAUUUCUAAUAGCAUGCAGCACUAUCAUAUGUGGACCAGUAUUGGCGCUAAAUAAGAUUAAUGCCCGUUGAGAACACGAUUCCCAAUACUGGACUGAAUUUGAAUGUUACAUCCCCUCCUGUAAAUACUUUUCUAAUGUUCCUGUUUCAUAGUUGAAUACUUUUGUCAUAUGUGCCUACAUGCUUAAAGUGACAUGAAAUGUUUUGUAUUGCAUCUCAUAAUGAGAGGAGGUUAAGAGUACAGGAGAGCAGGGCUGUAUUUUCUCACACUGAAAGCAGCUCAUUCUUGCAUCUCUUCCUGUACUCUAAUUGUAUUUAAUUAUUAUUCUUUUGCUAAUAUUCCAGCUUUUCCGUAGCUAGUCUUACAGUCUCCUUGCGACCCGUUACAUGUACACAUUCAAACAGAAAUGGCUUAUGCGACGAAAUGAUUUAUUUUUUAAAAUGUUGAACAUUAAAUAAAAUACAGAAGGCUGCAUUAUCUGCUGCUAAGUCACGCAUUUGAUUUCAUGAUAAAUAUCUGAAGUAAACUUGCCCAGUUCUAUAAUUCUACUAUAAAAAUGUAAUAUCAAACAUGUCAAGUGUCUCUGAAUCUACCAAGACACUUUGCAUAAUACAAUUGUUUUUCUUCAUCUGUAUACAAUAAACUACAUGAAUAGAAAAGAAGAGAAAUUAGAAAAAUCUAAAUCUAUGAAAGAUGACAUGAAAUAAACCAAAUGGGAACGUUUCA